AUGACAUCGACAUCACCACAACAUCAGCACCACUUCGCCACUACUCGACUGUUCCUCGGCCGCAAUAUGUCGUCUCCGCCGAAUCACGCCGCCAAAGUCAACGAGCUCUUCGACCCCAGGAAGCUGCCCAUCGACGAAACGUCCUCUUACGCCUACAAUCUGUCCGAGACGAAGGAGGACCCCGCCGACGACAAGCUCUCUGCCGAUACGCAAUGCGCCAACGACGACGACGACGACACCAGCGUCCACAGCCAGACUUCCGCCGACAAAACAGCAGCUGGGAAAGAAGACCGCGCGAGACUUCCACCUCUUCUUCGACUACCUGCUGAGCUGCGGAAUGAAAUCUACUCCUACAUCUUCCCUCCUCCGCCAGCCGCGCUGUUCAAGCCCCACGCUCCCGACAUGUACUGCGCAUCCCUCUGUCACCGCUCGAUGAUGAUUCCGCCCCUCCUGCACACCUCUCAGCAGAUUCGCGCCGAGUCCAGUGGAGUCUUCUUCUCCACGGCCGUCUUCGUGUUCGAUCACUCGUACGGUGUGGUCAGCUACCUCAAGACUCUACUUCGGCGACACGUGGAGAUGAUCCAGCAUAUCCACUACAACCCGGCACGUCCCCGGACAUUCUGGGACCCGCAUUGGGCUUCGAAUGGGCUCCUGGAGGGCAAGGAACUGAAGCAACUAAGGCUCGAGCUGGCGCAUGCUGGUGUCGCAGCGUUGAGAGAUGGUGUUAUCAAGGUGUGGGUCGUGCUGGGGAAAAAGGUCAAGCGCGAGAGUGGGCUCUGGACGGAAGAUGGUCUUUGGACCGCACGGCCGGGAGAGUAUUGA